AUGGCUGCGUCUAACGCUUCGACUACGAAGACGCUUCGGCCAGAUAACAUCGAAAUACCACCUUCGACAAGCGGUUCAGCCAAGCCAAACGAGGAGUUUGACGGACCAAUAUCACCGCGGUCAUGGCGACACCGUACUGUUACAUAUCAAGUCCCGUCACGAAGGCAGACUAAUGGUAGCUUGGAUGCUGAGGACUACUUUGUUGGUCCUCGCGACCUGUCCAAGCACAGCAAAUGGCCGUACUUUAUGCGAAUGCACGGUUCCGUCUUUCCUAAGAUGAUAAUACCACUCACAGUAGUGACUCUGUGGUCUACCUUGAUUACAUGCGUCUCACAGUUCAUUUUUGAGCUUAAAGUCAGCACACUCCUUCUGACCGUGCUCGGUUUCGUCGUCGGUCUUGCUAUUUCCUUCCGAACAAGCACUGCGUAUGAGCGAUACACCGAGGGCCGAAAAUACUGGAGUCAGUUGAUCUUCGUCAGUCAGAAUAUGGCACGAACAAUCUGGUACCACACUGCUGAGCGCGAAGGCGAACUUGGAAAGGAGGACCUGCUCAACAAGCUCUCUGCGCUCAACCUGCUUAACGCCUUUGCCUGCUCUGUAAAGCACAGGCUCCGCUUCGAGCCUGGUAUCGACUACCCUGAUCUUCGCGACCGCAUCGAAUACCUGGAUACUUUUGCCCGCGCCGCCGACCUCGAAAUCCCCAAGCCGGGCGACAAGAAGAAGAUCAAGGCCGUUGGCGAAUACCUUGGUGUUACAUUCGCAGAGUCCAACCCCCGCAAGAGGAUUAAGCGUUCCAAGAAGCCUCUUGGUAACUUGUCUCUUGAGAUUCUGAACCACCUUUCCUGCUACGUCCACAGCAUCAUCGACAAUGAAACGCUCAAAGUCGGUCUCUACCAGAACCAAGCUAUCACCGGUAUUGUACAGCUGAACGAGGCCCUUACUGGUAUGGACCGUGUCCUGCAAACUCCUCUACCUAUCGCCUACUCUAUCGCCAUCUCGCAAAUCACAUGGGUUUACGUUAUGAUGUUGCCUUUCCAACUUUGGGAUGACCUCCGCUGGAUCACUAUCCCAGGUUGUAUCUUCGCUGCCUACAUUAUCAUCGGUCUCUCAGCCAUUGGCCGCGAAAUUGAAAACCCCUUCGGACACGACGUCAAUGAUCUACCCCUCGAGGCCUACUGUGAAGAGCUCGAGAUGGACAUUGACACCAUCACCGCCCAGCCUGCUCCUACCGCCCGUGAGUUCAUGCGUCGCGACGGUAACAUGCCCAUCUGGCCCCUCAGCCAAAAGAACUACACGUCAUGGGCCGGAAGGAGUAAACAGGACAUCCGUGAUGCGCUGAUGACCAAGACUAAGGCAGAUAUGGCUAUCAGAAAGAGCUUUGCUGUUCCGAGGGAGAGCGAGAGUGAGGAGAAGGAACAUCACGGGUUGCAACAACAGCAUGAUGCGUAG